GUUGCCCGAAACGCGCAACGGGCACGUCGUGAAAUUUUCGAACAGCUCUGUAAAAGUAUCAAAUUCAAAAUACGAGUAAAUACAAUAAUUUCAGUUGAAAAGCUGGCUAUAUGUUGAAAAGAAAUUAAUUUGCCGUAUCAACCAUAAACGAUAACCUCAAGAUAUAUUGUUAACAAUAAAACAAAAUCAACAAAUCUCAACUGCGAAAAUGUGGCGCAAUUUUGUAAACUUUACAAACAAAUAUAAAAUCAUUCGAGGCAUGAUAUCAUAUGGCACCCUCUGGCCCUGCGGUUCCCUCAUCGAGCAGACGCUGAUCGAGAAACGUACAUUCCAAACAUACGACUGGAUGAAGUGCGUCAAAUUCAGUUUAUUUGGCUUUUUCUUUAUGGGCCCCACGAUUUAUGUUUGGAUAAGACUGGCCGGCAUUAUGUGGCCACGCACCGAUAUUAAGUCAUCGCUUUGCAAAGCUAUUACCGAGCAGACCGCAUACGACCCAAUGGCCAUAAGUUCCUUUCUCUUCUUUAUGACGCUGAUGGAGGGCAACACAUAUGAGAUGGCCAAGAAGGAGGUUAGCAAUAAAUUCUUCGAUGCCUAUAAAGUUGGCGUUAUUUAUUGGCCCUGCGUGCAAACGGUGAACUUUGCCUUCGUCCCGGCCCGUAAUCAGGUGGUCUUUACCUCAUUCUUCAGCAUGUGCUGGACAACGUUUCUGGCAUAUGUGAAAUUCUUGCAGCUCCAUCCGAACGUCGAUGUCGAUCACCACGCAGUCGAUAUUCACUUUCUUGAAAUGUAAUCUCACGCAUAUACAUACUCUGUACCUGAACAAAUCCCUCUGUAUAGUUAAUUAAUAAAUUUUAAUUAAAAUGUA